AUGCUGGAGCUGACAAAUCGGUUAGUCAGCGUCGCCCUCGUGGCCUACCCCUACGCAGCGGGGUCAGUCCUGUUCGCCCUGGGGGCGCGCGAUUAUAAGCGCGCUGCCCUGGAGGGUCUUCACGCCGCGCGCAGACGGCACGGCCGGGAGCAGCCGGCAUGCGUAUGGGCGCGCACCGAAGUGAGAGGCACGCAGGCAAUCGUGGCGGGCUGCGAAAUGUGCGUGGUGUCCACGUCAGCGCCCAUCCUGCUGGGCGCGCUUCCGGCGGCGUUGUCUCCGGCGCUGCUGACAUCAGCGGAGGCCCUGCUGACGUCGGUGCUGAACGUCGUCAGCGGGUUACUGUUCGUGUGCGGCAGUUACGUCAUCCUGGGCUCCAUGUAUGCCAGCCUGGCGCCGGGUGACGUAUUUGCCUGGGAGCACCUUAGAGAGCUGGGCUUCUGGGGUUCUGCCUGCUAUCUAGUGGGCUCCGCAGGCCUCCUGUUGGCAGCGGUGCUAACUCAGCCACUGCUGCCCUUCGCGCCAAACCUGGCCUGGUGGGGUCACCUAAUCGGUUAUGUCAUCGGGUCGCUCUGGUUCACGGCUGGCGCUCUGGCGCAGAUCGCUGAUGUGGCACAGGAGGGAACGCUGUCUGCAGACAUUCAAAUGUAG